CCGCCGCCGCCGCCGCCGCCCCGCGCGAUCCUCGGCAGCUCGCCCGCGCACAUGGGCGGCGCCCAGCAGCUGCCGCCAAUGGCCAUGUCGCACGGCGGCGGAGGCAGCAGCAGCAGCAGCAAUCUCUUAGCGCCGAUGCCGUUCACGAAGAGAUGACGGGAGAACCGAUGGGCUUCUCUCCUUCUUCUGGCUCUUUUCUUUUGUUGGCUCCCCCUUGUACUGCUGCGACGAUAGUAACGACGAAUACGACUACGAAGGGAUGGAAUGGCGGAUAAGGAACGAGUUGAAACCAUUUACGGAUUUUGGAGGGGUUCUUUUUUUUUUUACUGCGAUCUUUUUUCGUCUUUUUCUUCUCUUCGCUUCAUUCGAUUCCCAGAUUCUUCGACGUAUUUUCCGUCUUCUCCCAUUUCUCUUCUUCUUCUUCUCUGCUUGUAUACAUACUCUCCUAGGUUUCUAGGGACGGUUUUCUCCACUUGGAAAAAGAACAGCAUAGAGAUUGGUUUCCCCUCCCCCCCCUUCUUCUCCAACCCACUUUUCUUUUUCCAAUCUGACAGGAUCUACGAUUUCUGUCUUGGCUUUGCUUCUUCUUUUUUUUGUUUUUCUUUUCUUCGCGGGUGAGAUCGAAACGCCGAAGAGCAAGAUUUCUACUUUUACUCACUGUUGUACUAUUACUAUCUCUACCUUUGUCCGUCGGCUUCCCCUCCUCCCCCUUCGACAGAAGCUUAUUCCAGCCAGGGGGGGAGGGAGAGCUGUUAGGCGUUUAGGGCGGUUUUCGGCACAUACCUGGCAUUGGUUCACGUACUAGGAGGUGUAAGCAAAAUGAGGCAGGGCAGGGCUAGCUUGGCUUGUUUUUUUCUUGUUCUCUCUACACCGUCCUUGGCUUUGUUAGUUCGUGUAUUCCGUCGGGAGACGAUGAAGCAUGCUCCAACGGAAUGCUUAGCAUAGGCUACAAUCUAUCUUUUUUUUUUUUUUUGCUCUCCCGGCCCUCCAGUCGCCCAUCCCGAGAACAAUCUCA